UGUUCCAGUGAUGUCAUCUUCCCGUCUGAACAUGUCCGUCCCAAACAAAAUCAUCAUAACAGACCUGCAGGAAGAUGAUUCCGGACCAUACACUUGCGUUGCCUCUUCCCGGUUCGGAAAAGCUGUAUGGACUGGGUACCUUUUGGUGGCGAAUCCCAAGAAUCCAAACAUCAACUUCUUCAAAGCUCCAGAAGCAGCUAUGUUACCUGGUGCGCCUGGUAGACCACAUGCCCUCAACCAAUCUGAAGGAAGCGUGACCAUCACGUGGGGGCUAAUAACAAAAUUGGGUCUUCUAGUCUCUUGGGGUACCAGGUAGAGCUGUUUGGACGGGAGGAGAACGUUACUCCUACGUGGACUGUGGUUGGCCGAAGAGUUCCAGGACCUUCUUUUACACAACACCUUUUGACUGCAGGGGUGCCCUACACAUUCUUAGUUCGUGCUGAGAAUGCACAUGGAAUUGGACCACCAUCUCAGCUAUCUGAACCCAUUGUCGUGGGCCCCGAUUCGACUCGAAAUUGGGGAAACCCAGAAGUGACAGUUUUGAGUGAAGCCAGAGCCAACUUGAUGGCAACAGAUGUGGUGAAGCUGGUCGAAGGUAUUGCUUUAUCCUCCACAGCAAUCAAAGUUAGCUGGAUGAUAUCCGAUUCUACGUACGUUGAAGGACUGUACAUUUACUAUGUAUCAUUGAAUGCGGAGAGCAGUAAUCCUAGAGGUUAUAGCAUGCUGACGGUAUUACACACAGGAGGAUCUUCCAGUUUU